AUGGCAAAUUUAGGGUAAAUAUAACAUUUUUACAUAAUUAUUUUUACAGUUAAAGAGCGCUAAAAUUUAGGUUUUUUAGCUUAACCCAAAUUUUUAUACUUCAAGACAUGAUCUUCAGCAGUUAUCAUUAGGCGUUCCAAUUCAAACUGUCAUUAAAAUUAAACCAAAUGCAGGGUAUUUUCGAGAAGACCUCAAAAUCCAUGGUGAUCGAAUAGGGCUUUUAGAUGUUAACAACAGAAUCAGAGAAGAAUACGAAUGUGCAGACAUUUUGGAUGGAGGUGCACCGUCUUCAAGACUAUAUGAAGUCAGUUCUCCAUAUCUCAAAGCAGCUCUAGAAGGUGUCAAUGUUGCUUUUCUUGCGUUUGGAACCAGUGGGAGUGGAAAAACUUAUAGCAUUGAAGGAGAUGCAUCUGAUCCAGGCUUAAUCAACUACUUCUCUCAAGCCCUUUAUCAAGCCUUAGACGAUAAAAAAUACACUUUAAACCAAAACCGAUCUGUAAAUCAAAUCCAAGGCUUUUCCUACUCUGUGAAAAUGAGGUAUAUUGAAAUUGUGGAUGAAAAGAUAACGGAUCUGCUGAUUCAAGCUAACACCCGGUCUUUGGGAAAUGUACAAGCAAUAAGAGAUGAAUGAGAAGGACCAUCAGUUUCAAAUGCAAGCUGGCUGCCAUGUGCCAGCUCAAAUCAUCUUGUUGAUAUGUUUGCUUUAGCGAGGAGAAAUAGAACUCAAGCUGCAAAUGAGUUUGGAAAUCUCCACGAAAAGUCAACUGGGAUUUUAACGUUGGAGGUGCUGCAGGUUGCACAAAACCCAUCAACAGGAGAAUCAAGUGUUCUAGCAAGCAGAAUUUCGUUUAUUGAUUUGCCUGGGAUGGAAAAAUUGCAUGAUGAUCCUGAGUCACUGAGACUAAGAGAAGGGAUAAACUUAAACAAGGGGCUAUUAUCAUUGGCAGAACUGAUCAGAAACUUGAGCCAAGGAACCAAUGACUAUGUUAGAUAUGAUGCUUCUCAAGUUUCUGUGCUAAUGGGAGACAUUUUAGGAGGGAAUUGCUUAUCGAUGGGAAUUUUUUGUUUACAAAAUGGGGAUAUGAUUGGUUCUUCGCUGUCACUGAACUAUAUGAGGAUGGUCAGAUCUAUCAUGAACUUUCCUGUGGUUAAUGAUAACAGACAGCUAGGACUGCUAAGGAUAUAUAGAGUUGAGAUUUUGUAUUUGGAUAUAAUUAAAAUAUGGCAUCUCCACCUAGCAUGGCCUUCCGGCCAUGCAGCUUCCGAGCACAUAUUUUAAUUAUAUCCGGCAAGGUUUUACUAACCCGGAAAUGGACAGCAAUGCUAGGUAAGCAAUUCUGGCACUGUACAGAGCCUAGCCCUCAGUCCAAAUUCAGGAUUAGGUUUUACCUCGAAGGAAAGGAGGGGUUCAGGUUUGGAAAGGGCAAGCUCAGCUGAGUCUACAGGGAAUACCUAGACCAAUCGGGCAAGUGCCUAGCGUGAAACUGGGAGUUACGCCCCAGGACUUGAAUUUUUCCUUUUUGCCGAGAGGUCACCAGAAAUUCCAUUUUUUGGGAUUUUUGUGUGCCCCCAAUUUCGUUCACUCAAGCAGCUAGCCGCAGAAGUCCAUAGCCCGCCCACUCAACACUCAAGCCGCAAGGAGAGGAGUAGACGUCCAGGUGAAAUCUCACUUCAGAAUACCAGGCCCAUCAGGAGCUGAAGAAGGAGAAAGGCAGUGUUCGAGCUGAUUCUUGGGCCAGCGAACCAUUGCCCCAAUUCGAACAAGGUAGAACCGAAGACGGCGCAAAGCAGGUGAAUCCCACAUUGGGAUCCGUGGUGACUGCGUAAUCAAAAUGGCAUACGCCUUCUAAUUUCUAAGUAAGUAAGUAAGAGAUUUUGUAUUUGAUUAAUCAGCUGAGCCUUUUAGGACCUGGAGGAGUAGAUUCUUUUAAUACUCAAAUAGCAGAUUUAGAAAAACAACUGAUCGGGGGAAAUUUAGAUAAACUGAGAUAUGCAGAUGAAAAGCAAAGGCUGGCUGAAAAUAUCAGGGAGCUCAAAGAUUCCUAUAAUAAACUUGUUAAGGAAAAAGGGCAAUUGCAAGAACAAUUAAUAAAAUCAGAAGAAGAAAGACUGCAAAUAGGCAAAGCUUUGAUUGAGUUGCAAAUUGAGAACUCUGAACUCCUUGAAAAGCAAGCCAACGCUGAUUUUGAUGUCAAUUCCAAGCUGCUACAUGCAGAAAACGAAAUCCUGGCUGCUAAUACGAAGGAAGAAAAAGCACUGCUAACCGUUAGCGAAAUGCAAGACAAACUGAAAAAAGCACUUGAGGACAAGCGCGAAAUAGAAAUCGAGUUCGUCGCACUGAAAAGCAAUUUUUAUAAUCUCUCAACUGAGCUUAACGAAGAAAAGCUCAAAAAUGAAAACCUCAGCAUAGAAGUCAUCAAUCUUGUAAAUGCAAAUAAAGCUCUAUCCGGGGAUACUGAUUACCUUGCCAAGCUAAAAUCAAAUCUCUCUAUGGAUCAAGAGAGGCUGAUACUCGAAAAUGAUAGGCUAAAAAAAGACAACCGCCAAUUAGAAGAAGCAUUAUUAAACGCCAGAUCAGAAGUGGAGCAGCUUCGAGGAGAGCUUGUAAAAUACGAUCUAAAUGCUCAGCGUCAGCAUGUAGACUUCGAUAAUAGAAAAGUUGAGCUGGAAAGAGGAUACCUAGAAAUCACUCGGAAGAGAGAUCAAGAUGCACAAAAUAAAGUGCAGGACGCAGAGCGCAGAGUUAAAAAGCUUGGCCAAGAAACUGAAAUGAAAGAGUCUGAUAUCACUUCAUUAAGUCAGCAGCUUAAAGCGUCUCAGAGAAAAGUUGCGGAACUAGAAGACCAUUUAAACGAGUAUUUGAAGCAUGAUAGCGAAAUGACUGAAGAGUGUCAUAGGCUGCAGCUUCAAUUAGAAGAAAUGAGAGGAAACUUCAGGACGAAGCUGGUCCGAGCAAUGAAUGAAGGAUUAAAUCCAGGAGAUGAUAUGAUGAGAGCUUCAAGAGAAGAAUUGAUAAGGUCUUAUAAUGAAAGAGAGGUGGAACUUACAGAAAAAUUGAAUAAGGAGCUCGCAAAGAAUGCUCAAAACGUUAAAGUAGUCAGGGGGAUUAGAGCAUAUGCCAGAAGUUUAAAAAAUCUUGCUGAAGAUUGGGCACCCAUUGGGAAGCAGCUCCCUGAUAUAUUGGUAAUGCCACCUGCGAUUCUGCUGGAAGAUGAAGAUAAAAAUUUAGCCCAAAAAAGUCAACAGCAAGAGCUUGAAAGGCUAAGACUUCGGAACUCCCAUUUAGAGCAAGAAGUCAAAGCCCUGCAGUCACAGCUUGUUGCUAAUACAGAAAGCUACACGAAAGUUAUACAAGGCACAAAUAAUCCAGCUUUGCAACAAAAACUGUUAUCAGAAAUAGAAUAUUUAAGAGGCGCGCCUGUAAGCCAGUCGAGGCCUGGAAGUGGAAAUUAUGAUGUUGACGUUUUGAGAAAGGAAAGAAAUCAGCUAACUCCCCCCCCCCCCUCCGUGAGCGAACAAAACCAUUAGAAAAAUCGCCAUUUUUUGACCAAAAACCCACCCUCCGUGAGUGAACAAAAAUUUUUUUAAUAGAAAAAAUUUUAAUGGAAAAAAAUUUUGAUAUAUAAGUGAUAAUUAGUAUAAUGAAAUCUAGAGCUAAUUCUGUUUAAUUUUAAACAAAUUGCGUUUUAAAACAUAAAUUUUGCAAAUUAAAUUAAUAUUUGCUUCCCAAUUUUUGCAAAUUAGGAUUUUUUUUAAAUUUCGAAAAAAAAUAUAUUUUUUAUAAAAAUUUAUAUAUAAAUUUUUUUAAAAAAAAAAAAUUAACCCCCCUCCGUGAGCGAACAAAAUUUUUUUGUUCGCUCACGGAGGGGGGGGGGGGGGGGAGUAAGGGAAGAAAAUAGAAAGUUAAACCAGGAAAUCAGGGAUUUAAGAGUCAGGGGCGGAGGAGGAGUAGGAGUGAGUAUGAGUGGCGGAGGAAAUGAGCAAGCUUUGCAAGGAGAAAUUGAAAGAUUGAGAAAAAAGCUUAAUGAAUAUGAACAAGGAAUUAGCAAUAUUCCAGCAGGAAAUCAAAAUCCAAGACAAUUGCAACAGAAAGUCAGUUAUCUUGAAGAGGUGCUUAGAAAACUAGAAAGGGAAAGAAGUGAACUAAGCAUCAGAGCAACAAUGGCGGAAGAGCAGCUGAAAAAUUUAAAUGAACAUAUGAAUUCAUCCAUACAGAACUACCAAAGAAAAAUAUCCGAACUAAAAAAAAUAAUUCAGCAAAUGAAAGGAGGCAGACCCGAAGAGAGUUUCAGGUAA